AUGAGAUCGAAGCAAGGUUUAUCAUCAAAAAAGCGUAUUCCCAUAACUCAAAUGAAUGAUAACGGGGCGAAAAUACGAAAGAUGCCAUCAACAUUGAAGCCAGCUCGUACAAGACAAUUAAUUAGACGAUUCCACACUUUAUUGAAAAACAAAUCGGAAAUCCUUUCUCGAAUUGGCUUAAGUGGAAACAAAGAAAUUACAGAGGCCAACUAUAGAGAGUUCAUUCACAAGGAUGGUAGGCUGGAAAAGAUUUACCAGUCAGAAAGAGAGGAAACUAUUAAGAAAUUGAAGUUAAACAAGCUUCCGAGAGAACAAGGCCAAGGUAUAGAUAAGCUGAAGAUUGAAGAUCUUGCAGCAAAGUUGGGGAAAAUUGAUGGUGAAAUUGCUAAAAGGGGAGGCCUCAAAGUGUACCAGAUUGCAUCCAUUAAGGGACAAGAUCAAAAACGAGGAGGUGAUUCUUCGAAGAAGAUGGUGAAGUGGCUAACAGAGCUUGAUAUUUGGAAAGAUCCAUCUGAAAGGCCAACCGCUCUUGAAAUUGGGUCACUUUCUUCGAGAAAUUGCAUAAGCAGUUGUAGUAUGUUCAAAAAAGUGACCCGAAUUGAUUUAAACUCUCAAGAACCAGGACUGAUCUUACAGCAGGAUUUUUUAAAAAGGCCGUUGCCGAAGGGUUCCCAGGACCAAUUUGACCUCAUUUCCUGCUCUCUAGUACUCAACUUUGUUACCAGUGCUGAAGCACGAGGUGACAUGCUUAAAAGGAUAACGUGUUUUCUCAAACAGCCAUCUAAAGCUGUAGAAAGCAAGCCGCUCUUCUUUUUAGUACUGCCUCUACCUUGUGUCACAAACUCCAGAUACUGCAACAAACAGACGAUAGGAAAGAUAAUGACAAAUCUUGGAUUCACCUGCCUAAAAUUUCACGAAUCUAGUAAACUGGCGUAUUGGCUAUACCAAUGGAAGGGAAGUGAUUUUAUUAGUAAAAAAUUCAUCUUCAAGAAGAAGGAAAUACUUAGUGGAUCCAAGAGGAACAACUUCUGCGUGGUGAUUGAGAAAGACAACGAAGAUAAGCGUUAA